AUGUCGAGAACACUGUCUCCGCGUAAGAAGCAUGUCGACUCCGUGACUUCUGAAAAUCCAUGGAGAUCCGCCGAGCCAUUUGGUGCACCUCAAGUUCCGCGCCCCGUCGGUGGCAUUAAACGACUUCGAAACACACUGUCAAAGCUGUCGCCAUCCGCCUUCGCGGAAAAGGAAGUCCUCCGGAAAAAGAAUCAGUACAAAGCUCCCCUGACUCAGAGAAACAUCGACAAUUUGGUCACAAAGCAAGAAUGCGACGAAGCAUACAAGCCAAAUCUACAUUCGCCUGAGAUCCAAGUCACUGAAUGGCUACGACAAGUCUCCUGA